CAAAUACUAUAAAGAAGAAUAUAUCAGUUUGAAAUCCAUAUUGAUUGUGUUUGGUUUGAAUACAUAUUUAAUUGUUGAGUAUUGAAUUUUGUUGUAAUCCAAAAUCAUGUUUACCUUCUUAAUUGUGUUUAUUGUGGUGUUAUUGUUAAUACAUGUUGCUGUUAAAGAAUAUAUUGGAUAUAAUAGACGAAAACGUUCGUUAAAAGGAAGAAUUGUUUUGAUGACAGGCGCUGCUAAUGGACUGGGUAAAGAUAUAUGCUUAGCAUUUGCACGUGAGCAAUGUGACAUUAUUUGCGUCGAUAUUGAUGAAAAAGGAAAUAAAGAUACAGUAAAACAAUGUAAACAAAUUUCUGAUCGUAUUCGAGUUGUUGACUAUACAUGUGAUAUUACGGAUCCCGAAAAUGUACGAGAGUUGAGUAAGAAAAUAUACGAAGAAUUUGACCAUGUGGAUAUUUUAUAUAAUAAUGCUGGUGUCGCAUAUCCUGCGAAAAUUACUGCGUUAACAGACGAACAUAUUAAACGACUAAUUAAUGUAAAUCUGGUAUCACAUUUUUGGACAAUACGAACAUUUUUACCAAAAAUGAUUGAACGAAAACGUGGAUUAAUUGUUGCUACCGCGUCAAUUGCUGGACGUCUGGGAGUAGACUGCUUAGUGCCAUAUUGUGCGUCAAAAUUUGCGGUAACAGGUCUUAUGGAUAGCUUAAAAAAUGAGUUAAAUAUUGAAGGCUGUAAAGUAAGGACAUUAACAGUACAUCCAGGAUUUAUGGCAACACAAUUAUUACCCAAAAACUUGCGUAAUCCUGGAAUUACAUGGCUUAAACCUUACAAACCGUUACAUAUUGUCACUACCAAAGAUACUGCUAACGAAAUUAUCACUGCCAUUAAAGAAGGGAAAACACGAUUAUAUUAUCCUUAUUAUAAUAUAAUAGCAAUUAAUUUUCUGAAAUAUUGUCUGCCACAGUUUAUCGGGGAUUGGAUUAUGUGCAGUGUUUUAACGCUUGGUGAACAUCUUGAUCCGUUAUAGGAUUAUUAUCAUCAAUUAGUUAUCACGAUCUCAUAGAAAUGUUUGAAAAAUUGUAAUUGUAAUUUAUUUAAAAUUGGCUUCAUUAA